GACGUAUCAUCGGUAAUUUCUUAUAAAGUGAGACAUGUAGCAGAUAUGUAGAAGAUAUGAUGUACUAUUUGAACUCCCUGCAGAUAGUUGUAUAGCUACCGUACUCUCCAAACUCGUUAAGAUUUGCAGUGAAUCCAGUGAAUACUUAACGAAUACUUAACGCAUACUUAACGAAUACUUAACGAAUACUUAACUAAUAGUGAUUAUAAAGAGAAUACGGAUGAGUAACAGUAGUAACACAUCGACGGACGUCAAUGCUACAAUCGAUACCUUUGUACUUACUCACACCGAAAUCAUCAUCUGGUCUGCUAUUUUCAGUGUUCUUGAUUUUUUGAUCGUUGUUUUCAAUCUAGCUACGAUUGUCACGUUUAUUAUCAACAGACAUCUUCGUCGUCGUAGUGUGUACUGCCUCAUUAACUUAGCAGUGGCUGAUAUGUUGUUUGGUGCCUUAAUUAUGCCAAGCGAUGUUAUUUUUAAUUUAACUGAUAUAUAUUUCGUGGAAGGGCAAUAUAUAUAUUGUAUUUUUAUGGUUUCGUCUCUAUUCUCUUUGGUUCUGGUUUCUCUUGACCGUGUCUACGCAACCUUCUUUCCCUUUCAACAUCGUACAACACGACUCAAGACGUAUAUUGCGGUGUUCACCAUCACAUGGAUCUUACCGUUUCUUUUUGUUCUAUUUUAUGGUUAUGUUAAAAUAAAGCAAGAUAUUGUCGUUAUUGUAUUACUACUCUGCCUGCUUAUUAUCUGUACAUCAUACUCAGCAAUCUUUAUCAAAGUCAAGAUCCAAGCAAAGCGACUCCAACCAAAUCAACAACAAACAGCUGCCAUACAAAUGAGACAGAAACGUGAACACCAUCUUGCAAUGACGCUCUUUAUAGCUACUGUCUUGUCUUUAAUAACAUGGCUACCUUACGUAUAUAUUUUGAACAGGAUAUUCCUGUUUGGAUAUAACGAUAACAUUUACAGGAUUUUCCAAACAGCGGUUUUAAUCCAAAAUCUCAACUCGCUUAUCAACCCAUUAAUCUAUGUGUUCAGAAUGAGAGAUUUUAGGAAGUCCUUGUCACGACUGAUAUUCAGCUGUUCACGUGACCAUCACUAUCUUAUCGUUCACCAUGGUAACCGUGACAGAAUACAAGUCAAAAGAGAUGAACAUGAACUGUAACAACAGCAAUGAUGAUGAUUAUUAUAAUAGUGAUAAUGAUGGAUGAUAGACGAUGGACGAUGGAUGAUGGAUGAUGGAUGAUUGAUGAUGGAUGAUGGGGAAUAGAUGAUGGA